AUGAACAUCAUCAGCAACAGCAAAGAGAGAGAGAGAGAGAGAAUAUCAGAGAAAGGCAUGAUGUAUUCACAGCGGCCUCUGUCAUAUGCGCCUACGCCUUACAGCUAUACUCCCAACACGGCGCUAUCUGCAACCAUCAAUUUAGACGAGGAGGUCAAACCGUUCUCUUCCCCCGGCGAGAGAGACCUUUACGAGUCACUGGCGGAGAUAUAUAGUAUCAUCAUUACGUUAGACGGGCUAGAGAAAGCAUACAUCAAGGAUGCGAUAACAGAAUCAGAGUAUACGGAGACGUGCGCCAGGCUGCUAAAACAGUACCGGUCGAUUUUAAGUGAUGAUGCCGUCGCAGCUGAGUUUGUCGAUCUAGACACGUUCAAGCGUGCCUGGGAGAUGGAGUGUCCACGCGCCACGGAACGACUACGCAUCGGCCUUCCCGCUACUGUCGAACAACCCUCUCAUGCACCCUCCCAGAAUUCUACGGCGGGACCUUCAGCUUCAGGGAGCCUUAUACUCGCUGCUACAGAAAACUUUAUAACCUUCCUCGACGCUCUAAAGCUCAACAUGCUCUCGAAGGAUGCGCUCCACCCACUUUUAUCAGAAGUCAUCCAGUCCGUGAAUAAGGUCACGGAGCAAGAUUUUGAAAAUAGGGGGAAAAUAAUCCAGUGGCUUAUCACCUUAAACCAGAUGAGAGCGACGGAGGAACUAGGUGAAGAUCAAGCUAGAGAGUUGGCAUUCGAAAUGGAGCAGGCAUAUCAAGGCUUCAAGGCAACCUUGAAUUGA